AUGGCAUCUACGGUAAAACAAGCUUUAACACAUGAUCAGUUAUGGGAAGUUUUAACUGAUAAACCAGUUGAAUUUUCUACGCCUGAAGUUGUACAACGUUACCGUAAUUAUACAGCACCUGAUGUAUCUCGUCCUCGAAUUCAUCCUGGACGUGCUUAUGAUCCAAAUCAUCGUGAUGAAAUACAUGGUGAUCAAAUGAAUUUAGGUGAUGGAAAAAAUGGAGAAAUAAUUAAUCCUAAACCAAAAACAACUUUCGAAAAUCGUUUAUUUAAUUUAAAUGAACUUGUUUAUGACAGAAAUAGACAAAGAAUAAAACAAGAAAAUUCAUUACCAUCAACAAUUAAUAAAUAUAAAACAACAUUUGGAAUUCCAACACGUUCGAGUGAAAAAGCAGGAGAUCUUAUUAAUCCAAAUAAAUCACAAGCACAAAUUGAAUAUGAAUUUGAACAACCACGAAGCAUGUAUCUCUUCAGUCAUAAAGAGUUUGAACCAGGUGAACAACUUGAACGUCAUUAUGAAAAUGGUGAAUUGAUUCGUUAUCAAACUCAUGGUGUUCCAACACCAGUCUAUGCUGAUGGUCGUCAUGCACGUGAAUCUCUAAUAUGGAUUCGACCAAAUCAUACGACACCAAUUGUAACACAAACUGUCAAUGAAUAUGAUGAAUCUCGUUGUGAUAAUGCUGCUAUACGUACACGUCGUUUUCUUGCUGAAACUGGUUUACCUGUCGAUCAUCGAUUUGGAGUAGCAACAGGAUCUGAUCGGUUAUCAGCCGGUGAAAUAAUUCAUCAACGAGCAAAUGUUCCAGCUGUAUUUGAUGAAAAAUCUCAAGCUGCUUUAGCUAAAUUACGUUCACAAUUAUGUUCACUUCAUAUGACAACAUUUAAAACACAAUUACAAGCAUUUCAAUAUUAUGAUACAAAUCAAGAUGGUUUUAUAUCUAUACAUGAAUUAACGAAUACAAUAGAAAAAAAUUUUAAUCUUGAAUUAUCUGAUGGUCUUAUUGCUGCAUUAAUGUUUCAAUGUGAUCAAGAUCGUGAUGGAAGAUUAAAUUUUCUUGAAUUUAGUAAUUUUCUUUGUUAUCGUAUUGCACAUUCAAGUGGUCUUGAACAAUUUAUAAAUGAAGAAAAAAAGAAAAAUAAUAAUAAGAUUCAAACUGGAAUUAUAAAAGAUAAUCAAGGUCGACCAUUAUUAAAUAUUUCUGAUCUUAUUGAAAGUACAAAUGGAAAAUAUUAUCCACGUAAACUUAUAUCACAAAUUGAUGAAAUGGUACCCGAUGGUUGGAAAACAAGUUAUGAUAAAAUUAAUGAAGCACCAUUUCGUCUUGAACCACAAGUUAAACGUCAAUAUGGUUUACCAUCAAUUAUUGCACGUAGUCAAUAUGCUAUACCAACAGCAAAUCAUAAAAACCGACCGCCACUUGGUUCAAAUACAAUUGUUGGUGCUUUAUUAUCACCAUCAAUAUGGAGUGAUCGUGGUUUAACUGAAGAUGAUUUAUUAGCACCAAAAACCAUGGAAGAAAUACGUGAUAUAUUUGCUAAUGCAAAUAUUACUGUAUCAGGUGAAGAUUUUGUUUAUGCAUGGACAACAGCAGCUGCUAAUAAUGAACAUGGACAAGUUAGUGUGGGAACAUUUAAACAAGCACUUGAUGAUAAAAAUCGUUCAUUAGGCAAUUACCACAUUGUCUAUGCUUAA